CUGCGCAUAUUUACAAUAAUAUAAAAAUACAUUGCAGUUAAGGCAUCUUUUAGACCGAAAACCUAAAAGGCAACAUCAUAAUAAUUUUGAGCGGAAAACUUUUCAACGUAGUUUCGAACCAGUGACCGGCUGUGAACUGUAAUCAAAUGGCUUCGCGUAUUCCGGUAAGCGUAGUGGUUAUUGGAGCUGGAGCUUCGGGGUUGGCCGCAGCCGCUGCACUCCAUUCUGCUGGUUUUCAUGUUACAGUUCUAGAAGCGCAGAAUCGCACGGGAGGCCGCAUUCAUUGCGAACUUUUCCCCGAGACUGCGAAGAACGGGCACUCUGAAUUCAUCGAAUACGGUGCACAAUGGAUUCACGGCGAAAAACAUGCUGUGUACGAACUGGCGAAGACGAGCGGAUUUGUUUUAGAGAAGAGGGCUGGAUGUCUCGUGGACGAAGAUGAGGCAACGGGAGAGUUCUUCACGAGCACUGGAAAAAUGAUUUCAGGCGAGGAAAAAGAUGUUGUGGAGAAUUGUUUAUUAUUUCUCAAUGAAGUUCUCGUCGGCAUUGAACGGCGCGAAGGUUUCCCCAUGGACAUCGUGGAUUGUGGCAGUGUGGGGCAGAUUUUGAGACAAAAAUUUGAAUCCUUUUUGGAACAUAAUCGUCAACAUUCCGAGCUCUGCGAAGCUGUUUACCACUGGUUGAUCAGAUAUCAAGAGAUUGAUAACGGAUGUGUGAAUCUAAACGAACUUUCCCUGCGCGCAUUCUGUGAUUAUGGUUUGGAUGGCGACAAUACGACCCGAUUAAAUGUGCCAUUGCGAGCCUUGUUGGACCAAAUUUCCAAAGACCUUCCAAAAGACUGCAUUUAUUUGCAGCAUCCCGUUAAAACGGUUACUGUUACCCAGACAGUCGAAAAUGUCAAGGAGGAGGCAGUGCUGAUAGGACCAUCCAGAGGCGCCGAAGUGGAACUGAGCAGCCGCGAACUCCUGGCAUCACCGGUCGCACCGGAAUCGGAUACGGCACCGCGCUCUGUUGACGGACCCACUGAACUCCAUGGCGCACCGGUAACCGUAGUAUGCGAGAAUGGGAAGACGUUUCCAGCCGAUCAUGUUAUCGUAACCUGCUCGCUUGGUGUCUUAAAGAAGAACAUAAAUUCUCUUUUCGAUCCAGCGUUACCCGAGAGAAAACGCCGGGUCAUUGAAGCAGCUGGCUACGGAGUGAUCGGCAAAAUCCUCCUUCGGUUUACCGAUCCGUUUUGGGAUACGUUGGAGCCGGUACCGUCCGAUGGAUUUCAGUUGCUGUGGACUUGUGAAGCAAAUGAUAAUGAUUUACCGGGAUGGUGCCGUCAUGCUCUUGGGUUCGAUGUUGUUCGCACAGCCGCCAAUACGCUUGUGUUAUGGAUUGCUCCUCCUGGUGCAUUGGCGAUGGAAAAAGCAUCGGACGAGGAACUGAGUGCUGAUUGUCACAAACUACUCCGGAAGUUCACAGGAUGUUCGACUGUUCCCGAACCAGAAAAGCUAAUGCGAGAAAAAUGGGGAUCGAAUCCAUACACGCUGGGGACAUAUUCGUUUAUAUCUGCGAAAAGUGCAGUAGAGGGAUUUACGGCGGAAGAUCUAGCUGAGCCGGUAUUUUUCCGAAAAAGAAGCUUACUGGGCAAUGAAGAAGUUCCAUCGGUUUUAUUCGCUGGGGAAGCUACGUUUCCGUUAUUCUGGUCCACUGUCCACGGGGCAAUAUUGUCUGGAUGGCGUGAAGCUGAGCGGCUGGUGAAAUUUUAUGGCAAUUUGUUAACCUAAAUCGAUAAACUUACCUGCUUGAGUACGGUUGAUAACUGGAUGAGCAACAUAUGGAGCAAAAUUGCUUCGAACCUGACGAUGUGAUAUUUAAACCCAGUGACCUGUGUGCUUUCUUGAUUGUCUGCACGUAUGGUGACUGGUUGAAUUUUUUUUGUAAGCGUCACUUUUGGUAACUCUGUCAUCGGGCAUUAGAUACAUUGGGCAAUGGAAAAGGAUUCUAUGUCCGGUUGUCCAAAGAAAUUCGCGUAAACAAAAAAAAACCACUGCGACUGGAGAAUCACGCAGUUUA